AUGGAGCAGGGCAUAGGUCGCAACAUCCACAUCGAGUUCUUGGACCAGCCUAGCACAGGGGCACCACUCAUCUGUGUCAUCGAUCACAGCCCUACAUGGAUGGACCCUAUCACUCAGUUCUUGCAGAACCAGACACUACCUGCUGAUCUUGCUGAAGGGCGGCGUGUUCGCUAUCGUUCCGCUCGAUACUUGAUUAUUAAUGGCGCCCUAUACAAGCGCGGUUUCAGCCUCCCCUACCUUCGGUGCCUGAUCCCAAAGGAAGGUACUUACGUCCUAAGAGAGAUUCAUGAGGGUAUCUGUGGCAACCACUCAGGCGCUCACUCCCUAGCACACAAGGUCAUUCGGCAGGGAUACUUUUGGCCAUCACUUCACACUGAUGCCCAGACCUUCACCUAG